CAUGAUCCAUAAAUAUAUCAGCCAAUAUUGUAAUUCUUGUCCAUCUUGUUCGGGCUAUUGAUAACCAGGGCAAGAGGGGUGGAAAAGGCGAGGAAGACCGAGCAUGUUGCGUCUGGCCAAUAAUAAGAUCUGCUUUGUGAGGCUUGCGUCACACAGCCUUAGCCUACAUCUGCAGACCUCAAAUGUUGCAGCGAGAGGAGCAGAGCAGAGAAAGAGACUAGUGGGGAAAAGUUUUCAAACGGAGCAGGACUAACCCGGACAGCCCUGUAGACUGAUUUUGUGUGCCUGAGAAGUCCUUUCUGCUCUUUUUGACAUUUCGCAACCAUUAUAUUUGACUGUUUGUAUGCAUAUUUGAGAUCGAAAAGGACUAACAAUCAUGGAACUGCUUUGUCUCGAGAUGGACACCAUUAUAAGAGCCCUUCCUGACCCGAAUCUUCUAUAUGAUGACAGGGUACUACAGAGCUUGUUGACCAUCGAAGAGAGGUUUCUUCCCCAGUGUUCAUAUUUUAAAUGCGUUCAGAAAGAUAUUCAGCCCUUUAUGCGGAGGAUGGUGGCAACUUGGAUGUUGGAGGUCUGCGAGGAACAGAAAUGCGAGGAAGCACUGGCUAUGAACUACUUGGACCGAUUUUUAGCUGUGGUACCAACAAGAAAAUGCAACUUGCAGUUGCUUGGCACAGUGUGCAUGUUUCUUGCGUCUAAAUUGAAAGAGACGCGUCCAUUAACUGCAGAGAAGCUGUGCAUCUACACUGAUAAUUCAAUCAGACCGCAGGAACUGCUGGAAUGGGAGCUGGUUGUCCUGGGCAAAUUGAAGUGGAAUCUGGCUGCUGUCACUCCCAAUGACUUUAUUGAGCACAUUAUGAGGAAACUUCCGCUGCCUGAGGAUAAGCUGGACCUGAUCCGUAAACAUGUGCAGACUUUCAUUGCCCUUUGUGCAACAGAUUUCACUUUCGCCAUGUACCCUCCAUCCAUGAUUGCAACGGGCAGCGUGGCAGCGGCUAUCUGUGGCCUGCAGCUUAACAGCACUAACCGCUCACUGUGGGGAGACAACCUAACAGAAUUACUCGCCAAGAUCACAAACACAGAAGUU